UACACUGACUUCUAUUCUUCACGCCAACAUGCCACAAACGUUGGGAUCAUGUUCAGGGGGAAGGAGAACGCUUUGAUGCCGAACUGGUUGCACUUACCUGUUGGUUAUCACGGCCGGGCAUCGUCAGUUGUGGUGUCUGGGACACCCAUCCGGAGACCUGUGGGGCAAAUGAAACCUGACAAUGAUAAACCUCCAGUGCUUGGUGCUUGUAAGCGUCUGGAUAUUGAGUUAGAAAUGGCGUUCUUUGUAGGUCCUGGAAACAAGUAUGGGGAGCCAAUUCCUAUCAGCAGAGCCCAGGAGCACAUCUUUGGGAUGGUCCUUAUGAACGACUGGAGCGCCCGUGACAUCCAGAAAUGGGAAUACGUUCCUCUGGGUCCGUUCCUGAGCAAGAGCUUUGGCACAACCAUCUCUCCUUGGGUUGUUACGAUGGAAGCUCUCAUGCCAUUUGUGUUGCCAAACCCUGUCCAGGAUCCCAAGCCACUGCCCUACCUUCAGGAUAAAGAACCCUACACUUUCGACAUCAAGCUCUUUGUUGCUAUUAAAGGAGAAGGAAUGAGCAUGCCAACUACUAUAUGCAGAUCCAAUUUCAAGCACAUGUACUGGACCAUGAAACAGCAGCUGACUCAUCAUUCCAUCAAUGGGUGCAACCUCAGACCUGGAGAUCUCCUGGCCUCCGGCACAAUCAGUGGACCCGAGCCGGAGAGCUUUGGCUCCAUGCUGGAGCUGUCCUGGAACGGAACAAAAGAAAUCCCUCUUGGCAGUGGACAGUCCCGUAAAUUCCUGCAGGACGGAGAUGAAAUCAUUUUGACAGGAUACUGCCAGGGCAACGGCUUCCGUGUGGGAUUUGGCCAGUGCUCGGGAAAAAUCCUUCCAGCUCUGUCGGAUCCAUGAUGAACUGGAGUAAGGUGACAUCCGAGGAGGAG